AUGAGUGAGUGCAAGCGGCUCAAGGAAAUUCUAAGUAUAUAUGAAGUAGCUUCUAGACAAAAAAUUAAUUAUGGAAAGUCUGCUAUCUCGUUUAGCCCGAGCACAAGUGAAGAAGAGAAGAUUCUGUUGAGUAAUGAAAUGGGGAUGAAACUGGUUGCGUACCAUGAGAAAUACCUUGGCCUUCCAACUUUUUUAGGGAGGGAUAAGGGUAAAAUUUUGAGGAAGGUGAGGGAAAGAGUCAAAAACCGGGUGGAAGGAUGGCACAGUAAUCUACUCUCCCUAGCUGGCAAAGAAGUAUUAGUAAAAGCAGUUCUCCAAGCUGUCCCAACCUACUCAAUGAGUGUGUUUAAGCUUCCUCUUGGCCUUUGUGAUGAACUGAAUGCAGUGGUGGCUAAGUUUUGGUGGGGAAAGAAAGGAGGAAGGGGGGUUCAUUGGAAGAAGUGGCAGUUUUUAUGUAAGGCCAAAGAAUGUGGGGGCCUGGGGUUUAGGGAGUUUGGAAAGUUCAAUCAAGCUAUGGUUGGUAAACAAGCCUAG